AUGUCGGGGCUCGUCCUGUUGUUGGCAGUGUUCAACACCCUCGUCGUUCGGACAUCGGGAAACGAUUUGGUCGGACCCGGCGCGAUGUCGACGUACUCGGGGGGCGGGGGGAGAAGACGACCGACGAGCUACGUCCGCGUUAAGGAUCCAGCCGUGGGUUUCUUCGUGGCGGGGAGCAGCGAGGAGGGUUUGAACGGCCUCUAUGGGCGCACGGACAAGGCCCCACCCGGAGCUUCGGCUUCCGACGUGGAGAUCUCGUAUCGCCAUCUCGACACGGGCUGGUUCAUGGCCCUCAGGCGUCAACGCACGGGGGACCCGGAGUGGGUUUUCGUCGACCCCACCGGACACGAGCGGCUCGUAAAUUCCGAGUACACGCUCAUACCAGGUUCGGGACAGAAGUGGAGGCACGCGCCCGCCAAGGGCAAGUCCGGAUGGUUCUCGCGGUUCGGUAGGCGAGGCAACGGCGACGGCGGUGAAGGGGAGAAAGGGGGCGAGGGGGGCGACCGCGAGGGAUCCAAGAAGCCCAACACGGACGAAACGAGGGUCGAGGCGUCCAAGGCGGCCACGACGGAUACAUAUCACGAGCUUCCGUGGCAGCUCAUCGCCAUCAUGGGCGAGGAUAUGCUCAAACAACUCGCGGGACACAAGCGCUACCACGACGGUCUCGUUCGAGCCGCUCUCAACUGCAAGCCGCCCGACCCAGAGCCGGGCUUCCGCGGAAGUCUGGAUCUGGUGCCUCCUCCCGAGUCAGUCGAGGCGGCGUCGACCCCGGAUGCGGACAUGGCGUUGGAAGACGGCGAGCUCGAGGAGGCGGCUGCAAAGUACGCCGCCGCGCUGGCCAAACUGCCCAGCGCCGAGGACGAGGACGAGCGCGACGGUUGGACGCGAGCCGUUCUCGGGCUGAGACGCGCGCGGGCACUUCGAAAGUUGAGAGUGUUCGACGGCGCCGCGCGACAGAUCGAAGAAGUCCGCGCGUCCCACCCCAGGUACGCCGACAUGCUGUUCGAGUCGGCUUUACUUUGGCUGGACAAGGGCGAACCGACCGCGGCGACGGAGGCUUUCCUGGACCUCGCGUGCGUCGAUCGCUCGUACGGGGAGCUGCGGGAGUGGCUCGUGCGGACGCGCGUGCGAGAGAAGCGGGCGUCCAUUUGGGACGACGAGAAGAGGAAAAUCGCCGCGGAGAAGGCUGGAGAACGGCGUCGACUGAACCUCAUCUCGCUCGGCGCGACCAGGUUCUGCGUGGCUUGGAGGCAAACGGGGGGCUGCGACCCGGUGAACGGCGCGAGGGAGCCCGAGAAGGAUCUGCCGUGCGUUGAACCCGUGUCGGCGGGUAGUUCGGGCGUUUGCGAGUGCGCCGCCCCCUCGACGCUGCUGGAUUUGAUCGAGUCGGCGCUCGCGCACUCGUUUGCGCGGGUGCACAUCGACCCAAGCACCGCGCGAGUUAACGCCACGCGCGCGUCGCCGAUGACGUGCUCACACGACGGAGGCAUCAAGUGCGCGGUCGAGUGUGAGCGGGCGUGGAGAGACGGGCUUCGGAACGUGGUGGAGUGGACGGAACGGUUGGAGGCUGAGGCCCGUAAGACGGACUACGCGGCGGAUGGCGCCGAGGAGGCAACCGGCGCGAUGCGAAUGGCGCUGGACCGCAUGCGCAGGUGGGAGCGAGGUGAGGCUGUCGACGACGCCGUCGACGCGAACGAGGAUGCUCGAGCGAACGUUCUCCGAGACUUCUUGAACCGCGCCAGGUCGGGUUCGGAUGCGCUUCAGCAGGCGGCGAGUUUCGCCACGAGUUCCGACGGCUGGAGCGAUCACUACGCGGUUUUGAGCCUCCCGAGUGACUUUACCGAAUCCGAGCUUCGGGGCAGUUACAGGAAAAUCAGCCUGCGGGUCCACCCGGAUAAACCGGGCGGAAGUAUGGUCGAUUUCCAGAGGGUUGCCGAGGCGUACACGGUCCUCUCGGACGAUGCCAAGCGAGCCUCGUACGACUCGGGCGAGGAUGUCCCGCACAAAGCAGUGGACGGCGAGUUGACGACCGUGUGGGAUGAGGUGUUGGAAAAGCAUUUCCCGGAAAUUUGGGGUUUCAAGCCGUUCGGAGAUCCGUACGAGAGGAAGAGGGAAUACGAGAGGAGAAUGGGGUUCUCGGGUGAUGCGCAGUCCCGCAGCGCGCACGACGAGUUCUGA